UAAUCUUUUUUUAUAACAUAGUAAUCAAACAAGUCCGAGAGUGGACAAUAACCACGGGCAGUUGUCGACCAAUAGUCGAACUACCGAUGGAAGAAUUUGUUUAGUCACAAGAUGGUAAGCUCUGUUAAAACUUCCAGGAGCAAAAUAACAAGAACAAAAAUCGAAAUUCUGAGCAAAUCGCCCAACAUCUUCUAAAACAAAUUGUGCAAGAUCAUGGUCCAGGUCCCGUCAACACCCGCUGCACCACCAAUUAAGAAUCACCGUACAAUUUCACAGAUAAAAAAUUGAUGGUUAGGCACCAUUUCAUGGCAUCACGUAGAGCAUUUAGUUCCAUGGAAAAGGAUUUGAAUACAAUCGUAAAAAUUUCCAAAUGCAAUAAACGUAGUAAUCUUUGAGAAAGCAAUAAUUUUGUAUUGGAUAGUUAAGUUAAUUAGUUAAAUGGAUUGAAUGAAUGGCUCGUGCCUACGUUUGGCAUUUCCUCAAUACGAAUACUUGGGCAGAAGAUUAGAAUUAGCAGGAAAUUAUAAGCAUAUAUAGGAGUAGGACACCCACAAUAACUGUAAAGAAAAAACAAAAAAAGUGAUAAUAUCCAUUGGCGUAACGAAGAAAAUAGUUCAAUGGUGUCUAAACUCUAAAGAUAAUCAAAUGAAAUGUUUGUCUCAAUAUUAAAGCUAUUAUCUUGAUAAAAGAAAGUUCAUGAUUCAAAACUUGUUAGAUUACCGUAAAAAACUGUUAUGUUUAAUAUGUAUUUAUUUUCAAAUGAGGUAUAUAGUCCCCACAACCCUUCUCCUAGCUCCACCAUUGUGAUAAGGUCAAAACAUAUUUGUUGAACCACUAAUGUGUUAAUCUACCAAGUUUAGAAUGACAUAUGAAAGAAAGAGAAAAGUUAGAUAGUGAUAGCAUGAAAAUGAGUUUCUUUGGUGUAAAUACUAAAUACCAAGCAAUGUCAACCUUGACCAAGGUAAAAGUAAGGCUUCAAAUUAAAUGAAUUCAAAACGAAAAAAGGUUUGGUAGAGAGGUGAUAAUUUUGACUUAACCCAUUUUACCGUCUGUUUGAUCUGUUUUGAUGUAGUUUGACACGAGAAAUUUGAAGUUUUGAGUAAUUCCCGAGAUAAUUAUGGCCCAGCUCCUUCUUUACUACAAACAUGGCCCAACAAAUAUAGGCCAGCUGGACGGCCCAGCUCCCUCUUUACUACAGCCAGCGCGGGCCUACCAACAAUAAUAAUAAUAUAUAUAUAUAUAUAUAUGUAUAUACGCAAGAGCUUCGGUUCUCUUCCUAUGCAGUUAGACCAGCGGGGGAACUUGGAGGAACUGAGGAAGGAGGUCAGCAGCGACAUGGACUGAGAAUCAACCAGUUAGGGGAGAAAUCCCUCUGGCGUCCGAACCUCGAAGCAGUAUUGAGUUGAGCUCCUUGCGGGACAUCUUCCCUCCGAUGGCUACUGCCGGAAGGUCUUCUGGCAAGCGUACUCACAACCAGCCCGAGCCAAUUGAUCCUGGGCAUGUCUUCAAUGUGCCUCCUCUGAAUGCUAUACCCCUGAAUUAUUUUAACCCGUUUGUAGCAAAUGAUAAUGCUAAUGCUGCUUGUGCUGAUAACAAUGUUGAUGCUGGUGCUGAUGACCCCCCGGUCGAACCUGCAAACACAGAAGACCCAUCCAUGGUCUUCUUUCCCAAUGGAACAACUGAGGCAGAGUUUGCAAACAUCUUGAACAGAAACAGAGGAGCUAUUGCCCUCUCCAGGGCUGCAGAUUUGCAGAGGAUUGGUUCAGGUAUUGGGCAAAUGAACAUUGGGGAGAGUGACGGGUUCUACAUAAUCCGUGUCUCCCUGCCUGGAGUGUCCGGAAAUGAUAGGAGCUUCAGUUGUGUUGUAGAUCCAACUGGGAUGGUGGAGAUACAAGGGGUGAGCACCACUGGGGAGCAGGUUGUUGAAAAACCACCUCAAGUCUUCUUCAUGGAGACUCGAAACCUCUGCCCACCAGGACCCUUCAGCAUCAAGUUCAGGCUUCCCGGUCCAGUUCUUCCCGACCAACUCAGAAGCUCUUUUGUGGAUGGCAUGUUUGAGGGGAUUGUGAGGAGAAAUUGCUGAAAACAAAGUUUGGCUCCCUGU